AUGUCUAAAAUAGACGAAUUAUUUGAUAAAAAGAAAGAUGAGGCUCCCAUGUUGGACUUGUCUAAAACUGUGAUAAAUACUGCUGAAGAAUAUAGAGCAGUUUUAGAUAAAGUACCGGACUUUAAAACUCGACCAGAAAAGGUAAGAUCAGAAGACGUCAAAAUCAAAGAAGACAAUAAGACCAAGACACCUCGAAAAGAAAUAAAGGCAUACGAAACAUUGGGAACCAGAGGAUACGAGGAGAAACAUUUUACAUUCAUGGAUCCUAUACCGGCAGAAAUGAAGGGACUGAAGUUUGAGGAACUGUGUAUUGUCCCUAUUGAGUGGCGGAUGCUUACUUCUAUCAGGCCGAAGUUGAAAAUGGACGAAGAAUUUUUUAACAGGUUAGUAGAACUAGGCAAGUCCGAGCUUAAAACAAAAGCAAAAGAUAAAAGAGAUUACGCUAAAAACUUAAUGUUCCGAAAAACGAAAAAUCGUUCAGGAGUGACCGAAACACGAAUAAUAUCUUGCGCGGAAUGCGGCGAAGAAUACUGCAACGGUAAAAUGUGCGCCAUUACAAACUACGACAUGUUCGCCCGUUUGAAAAUAGAAGUGGAAACAAAAUCAUCGCGAGCACAGGCAGCACCGACGCAGGGCCUCGGCAAAAUGAAAAAACUUCGACGGCGCCCAAAACGUAAGAUGCGCAGUAAAAGUGCUGCACCCGAACUAAGCAAGGCGCAUAGGAAUAAGUCGGGAGCUAAAAGCGAUUCCGAACUUUAA